AGCCUUCUGCCAUCUGGCGGUUGCAAUGACGCCGACGGCAAUUUGCAAUCAAUGCGCAAUAUAUCUGUCCUUUCGCCAUCUUGUCGUUAGAAGGUUUUAAUUGGUAUUCAGUUCCAAUCGUCAGCCAAACCUCGUCUAACAUGUCAGUGCGUGGAAGUAAUUUCAGUGGCAAUAGAGGUGGAUUUGGAAACAACAAGGGUGUGGGAGGAUUUGGUACUGACAGAAAACCAAAUGGCUUUGGAGGAGAAAGGAAGCAGGGUGGAUUUGGUGGAGAUAGAAAUGGGAGAGCAUCUGGUGGUGGCAGACCAAAUUUUGGAGACCGAAGACCCAGCAGAUUUGAUUCACCCCAGAAUCAGGGUGUAGGAAGUGAAUUAGGAAGUAGUCUAAGGAAGCCACAAUGGGAGAAUACUUUGCUAACACCAUUUUCUAAAGAUUUCUAUACACCACAUGAUAAAAUUAAUGACAGGCCCAUUUAUGAAGUGGAAGCCUAUCGUUCAGAACAGCAGAUAACUGUUAGAGGCCAUGAAACUCCAAGGCCGAUACAAAGUUUUGAAGAAGGAAAUUUUCCUGAUUACAUUGUGGAUGAGAUCAGGAGAUCUGGCUUUGCAGCACCUACAUCAAUUCAGGCCCAAGGCUGGCCCAUUGCAAUGAGUGGUAGAGACAUGGUUGGCAUUGCGCAGACAGGCUCUGGAAAAACUUUGGCAUAUAUUUUGCCAGCAACUGUGCACAUCAAAAAUCAGCCAAGAUUGAGUAGGGGUGAUGGCCCUAUUGUGCUUGUAUUAGCACCCACUCGGGAAUUGGCACAACAGAUUCAGACAGUAGCCAGAGAUUUUGCUUCAUCAUCGUACAUCCGUAAUACCUGUAUAUUUGGCGGUGCACCGAAAGGCCCUCAGGCCCGGGAUUUGGAGCGCGGUGUUGAAAUAGUCAUUGCAACUCCUGGUCGUCUGCUGGACUUCCUAGAACGUGGAACUACUAAUUUACGAAGAUGCACUUACUUGGUUUUGGAUGAGGCAGACCGUAUGCUGGACAUGGGAUUUGAACCACAGAUUAGAAAGAUUAUAAGCCAAAUUCGUCCUGAUCGACAAACACUUAUGUGGUCUGCUACAUGGCCGAAGGAAGUCAGAAAUUUGGCAGAAGAAUUCCUCACAAACUACAUUCAGGUCAACAUUGGUUCUCUGCAGCUGUCAGCAAACCAUAACAUAAUGCAAAUUGUUGAUGUGUGCCAGGAGCAUGAAAAGGAGCAAAAAUUGAAUGUUCUAUUACAAGAAAUAGGUUCAGAAAGAGACUCGAAGACAAUUAUCUUCGUUGAAACUAAGAGGAAGGUGGAAGAUAUCACAAGGAAUCUGAAUAAUUAUGGGUUCCGUGCCAUAUGUAUGCAUGGAAACAAAUCUCAACAAGAGAGAGAUUAUGUGUUGAGAGAGUUCAGAAGUGGGAAGUGCUCCAUUUUGGUCGCCACAGAUGUUGCAGCAAGAGGUUUAGAUGUUGAAGGAAUAAGGUUUGUGAUAAACUAUGAUUAUCCUAAUUCGUCUGAGGAUUAUAUUCAUCGUAUUGGACGUACGGGCCGUAGCCAAGAAACUGGAACAUCUUACGCAUUUUUCACACAAAACAACAGCCGUCAGGCAAGGGAUCUGAUUUCAGUUCUGCAAGAAGCAAACCAAGUAAUAAAUCCAAAGCUUAGUGAAAUGGCAAGGUUUGGAGGAGGCUUUGGAGGAAAGGGGCGCUUCAACAAUUUCAGUCGUCGAGGGAGAGAGAAUGGUUUCCGUAGUGGACCAAGAGAUUUUGCUUCAUCUGGACCUAGACAGUGGGAUAACAAAAAUAGCGGCUCUAAUUCUUUCAACUCAAACAAAUUUGAUGGGCAGUCAAAACCAUCCAGAUUCAGUGGGGGUGCUGCGGCAAAUAAUUUUAAUACGUCUUACAGUGCCAAGUCAAACAAUGUAUUUGUUCCCCUAACAUCAACACCGAAUGCUGCACCAGCAAACCAAUUUCAGCAUCCACCACCACCUCUUGGAAAACAACCUGUUUCAGUUAAGGACAGGUGCAAUGUCCAGAGUUUGCUGAAUAAUCCUUACCAACAGUUUCAGUCCUUUCUCAACUCUGCACAACUGCAGCCUGUACAACAAAAAUGAACUUGUUUUAGUUGCUACCUGCAAAAAUUCAAAUGACUGUGAUUCUGCUAUAUUUAUUUAGCUGAUAGGUUGUAAAUAUUGAUUGAGAAGCAUGUUACUAUUCACUUCCAUUUUGUUUCUCAUAAAAUCAUACUAGAAACACAUUCCAUGGCUAUUUUGACAGUAUUAACGAUUUAUGGAGACUGAUCUGAGAGUUUAAAAUGGUUUUGCUCUGAUUUGCAGAAUUUAGAAUUGUUUCUCAAGAACUUCUUUCUUUUUUACUGUUAACAGAUUUUUGUUUUCCAAAAUAAAAGGAUUCUCUUAUUGUAGUACAUUCAAAUGUGUGUUCUGUUUCCAAUGCUAUGAAUAAAAAUUUGUUUGGUUUGAAACACUAACUCCUGUAGUAGUGCACGACUGAUACAAAACUUGGCAUUACGUAGUUGUGUGCAUGUUACAUUGUAAUUAUUUAUUGAUAAUAAAAUUUCUAACAUUUGAUAA